UUGGAGAUUGAUGUUCCUUAUGCAGGCUAAUUGUUCUUGGGUGCAUGAUGAGACUAAAUUAUAUUUCAAAUCAUUUUAUAGCUUGUGCAACAUCCGUGAAGCAAAUGAACAAUGGAGCUUUUGGAGCACAUCUCUCUAUCGGAGGAAUUGCUCACUUGUGAGAUAUUUGUAUUAACUUUUUUUCUGUUACUGGAAAUGAGUGGUCGAUUCUCUCGCACAAUCUAUGUUGGCAACCUACCCUCUGAUAUUAGAGAAUGGGAGGUUGAAGAUCUAUUCUACAAGUAUGGUCGUAUUUUGGAUAUCGAAUUGAAGAUCCCAGUGCGCCCUCCAUGUUAUUGUUUUGUUGAGUUUGACAAUUCAAGGGAUGCUGAAGAUGCAAUCAGGGGUCGAGAUGGUUAUAACUUUGAUGGUUGUCGUUUGAGGGUUGAGCUUGCACAUGGUAGUAGAGGACAAUCCUCAAGUGAUCGUCGGGGUGGAUAUAGUGGGGGUGGAUCUAAAUUUGGCACCUCAUGCCAUUCUGAAUAUCGAGUUAUUGUGCGAGGACUCCCUUCUUCAGCUUCCUGGCAAGAUCUGAAGGAUCACAUGCGGAAAGCUGGUGAUGUGUGUUUUGCUGAAAUUUCACGUGACAGUGAUGGGACUUUUGGUAUUGUUGAUUAUACCAAUUAUGAUGACAUGAAAUAUGCUAUCCGUAAACUCGAUGACACCGAGUUUAGAAAUCCUUGGGCAAGAGCUUAUAUUCAGGUGAAGAGGUAUGAGAACAGUCCAUCCAGGAGCCGAAGCAGAAGCCGCAUCUUUAGAAGAGAUCGCAGUAAAUCAAGGGAACGAUCUGCAUCCAAAUCUCCAGUUAAAUCCAAACCUGCCUCUCCUGUUAAGUCAUCCAGGCCGAACCAGUUAAUGACUGAUGUGCAUACAUUAAGUCUGAAAAUCCUGCAUUGCUGGGAUGAAUGGAGUUUGAGGGGAAAUCGUGUCCCAUCAUAUAUAAGAAUAGUAUUACCGGAUACCGAUCUAAGAAGACGAUGUAGGUAUUAAUGGAGUUUGUGUGGUAUGUUGCAUGAAUUUAUGUAAAAUUGGUGGAUGAUGAAACCCGGUUCUAUCUUUUUUAUAGUACCUUUUCUUUUCUUUUUGGUUUCAAAUAUCA